GGCAACAAACAAAUUAAUUGAAAACAAAACCAUUAUACUACUACAAUUCAUUUGAAGUUCCCAAACAGACCGCCGUGACUGAAAGAACAGAGAAGAGAAGUGGCCGUCAAUGGCCUCCUCCUCUUCUUCUCCGCCGCGUCUAACCCUUCGUCUUCUUCUCCAUCUUUCAUAUUUUACGCUUCUUCUUCUGUUAAUCCCAGCCACUCACGCGGCCGCCCCCACUUUCAAAGGUGUUGACAUUAAUAAUCCGAUUAUCGAUAUCACCCCUUCGAUUCUCAAGGGAGAGCAGCUUAAUCUUGAUUCUAAAGAUAUUUUAUACUGCGAACGAGUUAAAAUAUCCGGUCACUCAAGGUUACUAUGGGGGAGUUAUGCUAAUGCUUUUCGAGUUAACUUGGCCCCUUAUGCUACAAUUCCGGAGAGAAUGCAUAGCAGAAUUUUAGUUUGUAUUCAUCAGAAUGCGUCAUCAGCAUUAUGUCAUUGCGAAAAGGAUGAGUGGAAAGGUCUUCAAAAGGGCGUGUGGAGCGCUGUCAUGUCUCCUUAUAAUGAGAAAUUUGUUGAUGUCAAGUUUGUUGGUGAAAUUUAUGGUCCUGUAAAAUUGUUUAUUAAAGAAGAUUUGCAGCAAUGGCGUCUCGUUUCUCUGGCAGUGGGAUUUCUGUUACUAUUGCUGGCACCAAUUGUCAGCAGUUGGGUUCCUUUUUAUUAUACCUCCUCAAUGGCUAUUGGUGUUUUUCUUGUUGUUAUCAUUCUUCUUUUCCAGGGAAUGAAAUUAUUGCCAACUGGAAGGAAAAAUGUUUUCUAUCUUUCCGUUUAUGGAUCAGUGCUUGGAGCUGGCACUUUCAUUUUACACCAUAUCUCAGUGCUGGCAAAUUCAAUUCUCAUCAACUUUGGGCUCAGUGAAGAGAUGCACAAUCCAGUCUAUGUAUUUCUAGUAGCUGGGAUUGUGCUCGCAGGAGCUGCUUUAGGGUACUGGAUUGUAAGAAAAUUUGUGAUAGCAAAAGAUGGGAGUGUUGAUGUUGGCGUAGCCCAGUUUGUGAAAUGGGCAAUGAGGAUCAUUGCGGCCAUCUUUAUUUUUCAGAGCACUCUUGAUACUCUUUUGGCAAUGGUCACCCUCCUAUCUUUGUACAUCGCCUGCCUUCUUAUCAAUAAAUAUUUGAGGUGUGAACCAGUUUGUGAACUUCAUCCUCAAGGUGGAAGCCUUUGGGUCCAGCAAGGACGACAGGUGACAACAAAGCACAAUCGCGCUGAAUUCCUUAGCAGGUCAGGUAAAAUGAGCUCUGUAGAAAAGAUGUGGGGUAGUUCAAAGAGCAAUCCUGUCAAAGGUAGUGGUUUGUUAUCACCAUCUACUUGCUCAGCGACAAAUAAUCAGCAGAACUACUUCUCAACCUUCCACAAGACACCAAAGAGAAAGAAGUUUACCAAGAAAGAUUGGGAGGACUUCACGAGGGAAUCGACACAGCAAGCUGUACGAGAAUGGGCAGCAUCACCAGAAACUGCUGCAUGGCUCGUCGACAAUGCUGAUAGAAUUCAACUCAUUCGAAGUGAUUGCAGUUCCGACGAUACCAUUGGCAGUGAAUCCGACUCCUCGGAUGAGACUGUUACCGGGAACGGAAAAAGGUUUUGCUUGUUUAAUUGGUAGGAAGUAUAGCUGAAGAUAUUAGUUGGAUCACAAGGAUCUCAUUCUUAGAUUAACUUAGAGAGUAGGCAAGUUAACUCAUAGAAUUGUUAACCCUUGGCCUUUGUUGCACUGGUUACUAGGCUUCAAUGUAUCAAUUAGUAGUCACAUAUAAACUCCAAAAGAGGUUCACCUUUACUAUGUAAAAGAAUGUAGAUUUUAUUGCAACCUCUGUUCAUUUAAUUUAUCUAUUUUGAUGGCUUUAGAGUUGCUCAAA